AUGAUGGCUGGGAUGGCGAAGAGGGUUGGCGGGCAGAAGAAGCAGAUGCAGCGUGCGCAGAAUAUGCUCAAGGGCGGUAAUAAGGAGCAGCAGAUGGCUGCUAUGCAGAAACGUAUGGCGGCUAUGGGCGGUGCGGGCGGGAUGGGUAUGGGUGAUAUGGCGAAGAUGAUGCAGAUGUUGGGUGGCGGUGGGGGUGCGGGUGGAAUGCCGGGAUUAGGAGGGAUGGACAUGCAGAGCAUGAUGAGCCAGAUGAGUGGGCUGCUGGGAGGUGGUGGAGCUGCAGCCGGGAGUGGAAGAGGGAGGGGGAGAUAA